AUGGUUAAGUUUACCAAGCGACAAUGGCUUACCUUGAUUGUCAUCAGUAUCGCCGAUUUCGCAAAUGCCAUUUGCGUCUCACUGCAAGCACCGUUUUACCCUCAAGAAGCCGAAAAAAAAGGAGCGUCGCCAUCAGAGUAUGGACUGGUCUUCGGGAUUUUUGAACUGGUGGUUUUCAUUAUUAGCCCAAUUUAUGGACAACAUCUCAAUCGAAUUGGUCCAAAAUUACUGUUCAAUGGCGGUAUCCUGACUACAGGAACUUGCGCCAUAUUUUUUGGUUUAUUGGACAAAGUCAACGGUCAUUAUCCUUUCAUAAUCCUGUCCUUCGUGAUUAGAAUUGUGGAGGCAAUGGGAAAUGCUGCAUUUCUAACAGCUAGUUUUGCCAUUAUCGCCAAAGAAUUCCCCAACAAUGUUGCUACGACGUUUGCCAGUUUGGAAACUUUCUUCGGCUUGGGUCUCAUCGUAGGUCCUACUGUUGGAGGUGCACUCUAUCAGAUAGGUGGAUAUACUACACCAUUCGCGGUACUUGGCUCAGCAUUGUUUGUGGCAGCAGUUAGUACUGCUUUCAUUUUACCCGUACAUAAUAACAACGAUAAUGAUGCACACAGCACUGGAGGAGUAAUGAAAGUCUUAAAAAUUCCCGGCGUGAUGAUCGCCUCCAUGUCAAUAAUCGCAACGAGCAUGAGCAUCGGAUUUUUACAAGCGACAUUAGAACCGCAUCUGAGGCAAUUCAACUUAAGCCCAGUCGUGUUAGGAUUGAUGUUUGUGAUUAACGGCGGUACCUACGCGCUAGCUGCGCCUGCAUGGGGCUGGCUUUGCGACAAUUACUGGCACCCAAAGGUAGCAACCAUUGCCGGCUGCUUUCUUGUAAUGAUCGGUUUCUCACUGGUCGGUCCAGCGCCGUUCAUUCCGUCGGCAAUCGUAAUCUGGAUGCCUAUCAGCGGCCUUAUGAUCCAUGGCUUAGGCAUGGCUGCUCAACUGGUUGCAAGCUUCACGGAUGCCUUACGGACAUCUAUAUCAUUUGGAUUUCCAAAUAAUCUUGAAACUUAUGGCCUCAUCAGCGGAUUGUGGACAAGUACGUUUGCUCUCGGAGCUUUCAUCGGUCCCAGCAUCGCUGGGAUUCUACUGGAUAACACCGGUUUUAGAAAUGGUUCUAUGUUUAUAGUGUUACUUCACAUGCUAGUGGGCGUAAUAACUGCAGUGUUCCUGAGCAGCUGCAGUCGUGCACCCAAGCCAUACAUCGAAAUCACCACAGUCGAGAAUCUCAGAACACCACUGAUGGAGAGUGGCCGAUUAGGCGGUAGCAGCAGUCUGCAUCAGAACGGACGGGGCCAGGGUGUGCCGAUCGACAGGCCCGGCGGCAUGAAUUCGCUGAUCGUGUGUAACAGUUAUUCGAAUAGAGCCGGUGCAUGGUCCAGGGCGUCGUACAGCGGCCGCUACUCUCAUAGUUAUGGUUCCAUAGAAAAUAAACGUUACUUGGAGCUCACCACGUGAUAACGAACAUUCAGUAUCGUGUCGGCAAACGGCAACAAGAGUACAAGAUUCUGCCACACCACUCGUCGCUCUCUAGUUCCCAUCAUCGAAAUCAUUCAAUUUGCAAAAAUACAAGAGACUGUUUCUUAUUCAAAAAGAAUAUCAGGCAAAAACUAAUGUUUCAUUAUUCGCUAUAUCGGUAAGCUAAUAAUAACCACAAAUUUAGCUUAAUUUAGAAAUGAUAGUAUCUUUAUAAUGAAAUCUGCAUGAUAAUAUAUAUAUUUUCAUAAAGCCCACUUAAAUUUACAAUAAUAUCAUGAUAAAAGGAUAUAAAAUGGCACUGACAAUCCAAAAAUAACUUAAGCAUGUCUAUUAGCACACCAAAAUUAAAAUUAAUUUUAUUA